UUUAACGUCUAAAUUACUGUAUUCACGGGAUGAUAUCUUUCUCUCUAAUAAGCCUUUUUAACGAAAAAUAGUGAUUAUAAAAAGAGAAUUUGUGAAGACAGAAGCGCAAAACUGCUCUAAUUUGCUUCUCUUUGUAGUAUUAGGGUAGGGAUGGCGUCGAAUUGCAACAAGAGCUUCGCGAAUAGUUACUUGCUGCUGAUGCCAGAAGAGGCGAGUUUGUUGGACUUGGUUCGGAUCCUGUUUUCCCAGAACAUAGGUCACCGGAAGUGUUUGGAGAGCCACUCGGGGGAGAAGACAGUGGAAAGAAGCUUCAAGCGUCGAUUUCUGAUAGUUGCGUCCAUCCUGCUUCAGAAGUUGUUGAUGGCUGUAUCCAAGCCACUUGCAUUCUUAGGCUCUUUUAUUGAGAUGUUCAUCAACACCCUUAACCUCAACGGUGGCCUCUUCUCCACUCUACUCCACCUUCUUACUGGUAAGUUGGUCGUCCCGGAUCGGAAAUCAUCCAAGUUUUUGUCUUUUAUUGGAAAUUUGGAUUAUCGCAUGAGAUUGGGUACUAUGAAGCGUGAAGAUUGCAGGUAUUAUGUUUACUUAGCCAUGAUGGCUUCAAAAGCAUCUUACGAGAAUGAAGCUUUCCUUGAAGAUAUUGUCACAAAUAAAUGGGAGAUGGAAUAUGUGGGAUUUUAUAACUGCUGGAAUGAUUAUCAAGGAAAGAGUACAACCCAAGUGUUGAUAUUUUUGGAGAAACACGAAGAUGGUGACACGUAUGUGGUGUCAUUUAGAGGAACAGAACCAUUUGAUGCAGACGCAUGGAGCACAGACGUGGACCUAUCAUGGUAUGGGAUUCCUGGUGUUGGAAAAAUGCAUGCUGGCUUUAUGAAAGCCUUAGGGUUGCAAAAGAAUGUUGGAUGGCCAAAGGAGAUUGGAGACGAAGAAGAAAGUGUUGAUGAUCAUCCCCCCUUUGCAUAUUACCUUAUUAGGGACAUAUUGAGAAAAGUUUUGAGUGAAAAUGAGAAAACCAAGUAUAUUGUGACGGGACAUAGUUUGGGUGGAGCACUUGCAAUACUUUUUCCUACCAUAUUGUUUAUGCAUGAUGAGAAGUUGUUAAUAGAGAGGUUGGAAGGGAUCUACACUUUUGGGCAACCGAGAGUUGGAGAUGAAGCUUAUGCAAAUUACAUGAAAGCAAAAUUCAAAGAGAAUUCAAUUAGGUAUUGCAGGUUUGUGUAUUGCAAUGACAUAGUUCCAAGGUUGCCCUGGGAUGAUAACAAUCUCAUGUUCUUCAAGCACUUUGGGGUAUGCCUUUACUUCAAUAGGGGUUAUGAGCUUCAGAUUGUUGAAGAAGAACCAAAUAAAAACUACUUCUCGCCAUGGUACAUAAUACCCAUGAUAUUUAAUGCCAUGUUGGAAAUAAUAAGGAGCUUUACAAUUGCAUACAAACAUGGGCCUCGCUAUAGAGAAGGAUGGUUGUGCUUCUUCUUCAGGUUGAUUGGCAUCUUGAUUCCUGGAGUACCUGCUCACUGUCCUCAGGAUUAUAUUAAUUCCACUCUUCUUGGAUCAAUUGAAAAACACUUCAAAGCAGAUUGAUCCGUGUGUUAUUCUGUAUUCUGUAGUUUAAACUUUAAAUUAAAGCAUACAUGUACGUUUAGUGUAUCGAAUUAAUAUAAUGAUUUCACAAUAAGCCGCACUAAAGUGGUACAUAAAAACAUUUAAUUUAUUUGUAA